AGACAUCACGUGUAUCCACAGACUAGUGGUAUACAUAGUGAAACUAUAUAGCAUAAGAGAGCAUUAUGUGAAAGCAAGUCUAAAAUAUUGAGCUUGACAGUUUAUUCUUGUAAAGAGACGCUGACAAUUAAUUUUAAGAGUGACUGGGCUGAGCACCAACAUGCAGAGUUUGGUGGUGCAGGCACUUGCCAUGAGGCAGCUGGGAAGAUUGAACCCCCGCCACCUGCUGGCUGCUGGAUAUGGGCUGGGUCAGGCUGAAUGGUGUCCCAGGGCCAUCCACACAAGGCAGCUGUGGGGCUGCGCAGCGUUCCCCACACUUGGUUGCCACAGGUCUGCUUUUCAUGGCAGAGACACUGUCAGGGGAUGGACUGUCCAUCAUCUGAGGUUUAAAAGUAACAAGAAGAAAGGUGCUGCUAGGACAGCACAGGAUGAAGAGGACGAAGAGGACGAAGAUGAGGACGAGAAAAACCCUAAGGACAGUGAUUAUGAAGAUGAGGUGGACGAGAACCAAAAUCUACCAAAGGACUAUAAAGACAUGGAGAAAUAUGUGCAGUCAUUUCGCUACGAUGUCAUCAUGAAAGCUGGCCUGGACAUUGCACGCAAUAAAAUAGAGGACGCCUUCUAUGACAACAAGCUCAGACUAAAUGGACAGAAACUGAUCAAGAAAAGUAAAACGGUGAAAGUUGGCGACACCUUGGAUCUGGUACUGUCGGAAAACAAAGACAAAAACACCGUGACUCUGAUGCGAGUCAUCCCACAGAGAGUUUUGGGUGAAUCAAGAACCACAGAAAAGUACAAAGUUUCCAUAAGGCGCUGGAAAAGUGUAGAGCUUUCAAAGGAUGAGGCCUUCAAGCCAUGAACUGAAGUAGGACAGUGGUGUCUGUAUUGGCCAGAGAAAGUGACAACACUGGCUGAAAUGAAUGCCAUCACCAGUGGCAUUAAAUUGUCACCAACAAGUUGGAUCUAGGGUGGGUUAUAAAGGUAUACUGUAAAGGUUAACAGUUCUCAGUGGUUGUAGACAUGAAGCUGUCAGUUGGGAGAUUUUGAGUGUUUGUCUUUUCCCAAUAUGCUGUGAGACUCCCAAAAUAAAGGGUGCACUUUGAAAUUUGGAAAAUUUGAAAAUCAUGUCCUGAUGACUUGGCUGAUGAAGAGCACAUGACAUUCAUGCAUGAAUUUUCAUCUGAAUCAUGAACUUUGUGAUAUGUUAGGUUACUCCUCAUAUUUUUCUGUUAAUCCUCAGUGCAUGUUUUUUUGAGGGAAAUAUAUAAAAUGAGUACACGCACUAGAUAUGUUUUGAACAGUCAACAGCUAAUAUAUGUAAAACAGUACAACUGAAUGUCAUAUUUAUUAUUGUGAUUUUAUUAGAAAUAGGUUAUCAUGAUCCAUUGUCAUGUUAUUGUUUUUAUAAUAUAAACUUCUAUAAGAAGGCUUAACAUAAGCACAUUGUUAUUAAACAGUGGUGGCACAAUGCUACUUCAGUAACUGCAA